AUGGGCUACCAUAUGUCUGACUGCAAGGCCUUCGCCUACCACAAGUACCGUGACCGCGACGAACACGUGCACCUCUGUCGCUUGGUGGAAAUGGAACAGCAAGCGAACUGUACGACUUGCGUCGUGGUUCAGGGCGGAACAUCCACAGACCACCUUGUCCGCGCCAUCGCGCACAUGGCCCUGACCUGGGACACGCGGGCACCGACGGAGUUGACGCCUGAGCAGAAGCAAGAGGUGCCCAAUCACCCAAAGAUAGCCCGACUUCGCCAACGGCGUGACCGGCAUCAACGAUAUCUUUGCAGCCUCGGCUUCCACCCUCUGCAUACCGCCGCUGGCAAUGCAUGCUAUUCCCGGUAUGAAGAUUUGGACCGCAAGCUCAACAGCGUCACGACCACACUCACGACCACACUCAAGAAGCAACGUCUCGAGAAGAGAUUCGCCGCUUUCACGACACCAUCGACGACCGUUGGACGUGCGGCCCCUUGCUCAAGCACACGUCCCAUGCGAUGCAGUUCGAGUCGCCCGAGCAAGCGUUAG